AGAUCCUGGGAACACUUCUAUGAUCCAUCCAAAAAAGCCCCCCCAAUUCCGUAUCGUUCCAGCUUACCUACACCGCCCUCCUAUCGAUGGGUCUGCUUUCGUGGUGGAAAGGGAAAGCACUGAAUGGUCACUCUCCUGCAACAAACAAUGGUGGAGACGGGGUUGCAGCGAAGCCCUCCGAGGCAGCGGUGGAAACUUCAGGCUUAAACGGCGCAAUGGAGGUUCGUCGGCCGGCGGACGUGACGGUGUUCGAAUUCGGUUCGGCGGUGGCAGCUGGUGAGAAGGUGACGCUUGCUGGUUAUUGCCCGGUUUCGGAUGAGUUGGAACCUUGCCGCUGGGAGAUCAUCCCGGCUGCUGGGUCUAACGCGCCCCAAUUUCGGAUUGUCUUUUGAUUCCAGGGUAACCUUAGAAAUCCCUUUCCCUUGUUUUGGAAAUGUGACCUUACGGAAACUGUUUCUUUUUCUUGCUGUGCAUGUGAAAUCUGUUCGAUUCUAAAUUUGUAGGAUUUUACUUUAUUGGAUUUGUGGUAUUGUCUCAGUUUCAUUUGGUUGCA